GCUGCGGCGGAAUUGGAGAACAUUAUUUUGGUUGUCUUUUAAGGAGGGCUACGGUGCAGCAUUCUCUUUUGUCGUUUUCAUUUAUUUAGAAAAAAGAGAAGAAGAAGGACGAAAAUAUCAAUCGUAAAGAUUGUCGACAGUCGUACACCGUUCCCUAACCAAGCACCCUCACUCACAAUUCGCCGCUCAGUAGCAUCGCCACAUCUACCCCACGUCAACGUCAAAAUUUCUUCUCUCCGUCCGCCAUCCAGCAUCACCGGCCUUCCAGGCACAACAACAACAGCAACAAUGUCCGAAGCAUCGGGCAGUCAGACACAGACACAGACCUCCGAGUCGUCACGAGGACGCUCAAGGCAAGGCCAACGCGGAGGCCGUGCCAACAGACAAAGAAAACCACAAGAUGGAGCAUCUGUAAGAGGAUCCGGCGCUUCAACCGCCGGUGAACCCUCUACCACACAACCAAAUGGCGCGUCAGAGCAGUCUUCGCCGUCAAAUUCACAGCAGCAGUCGCGCUCUUCAAGAGGCGGGCGCGGACAACGUGGCCAACGGCAGAAUGGCCGUGGCCAAGGCAGAAGACCAGAAGCACCGACAAAGCCUGCAACACGUCGCGCUUUUGGAGGCCAUCUCACUUCCGAAGCACAUGACGAUACACAGAGUGAAACGGGGUCGCUUUCUCUUAGUGGCGAUGCACCUGUGUUUGUCCCUGGACAACCGAUUGUCGCCAGAAGCAAACCGAUACCUUCACGACCUAAGCGCCCUGCAGUUCAAUUGCCCAAAUCCACCGCUACCGACUUACCUACCCGAAUUCACGAGGACAUUGGAAACUUCAACUAUGAGUGUGCAAUCUGCACAGACGAUGUCACGCGAUCAUCACAGGUUUGGUCAUGUACCAUUUGCUGGACAGUCAUCCAUCUCCGAUGCGCGAAGAAGUGGUAUUCGAAUCAGAUGAAGCAGCAGGACAAUACCUCCUCACAGCCUCAACGUGAGCCUUUAUGGCGAUGCCCUGGUUGCAACUCGCAACUCUCGGAUGACCCAGGCUCCUACCAUUGCUGGUGCAGCAAAGAAAUCAACCCCAAACCAUCCAGUACUUCCCUUCCGCCUCAUUCUUGUGGACAGACUUGCUCUAAGCCAAGAGCAACCUGCCCACACCCUUGCUCACUGCAAUGCCAUGCUGGUCCAUGCCCACCAUGCGGUCUAGUUGGUCCAACGCAAUCUUGCUUCUGCGGCAAGAAUUCCUCACAAAAGCUUUGUAGAGAAACAAACUAUGAGAAGGGCUGGAGCUGUGAAGAGAUUUGCGGUGACCUUCUUCCCUGUGGAGAACAUUUUUGCCCACGCCCCUGCCAUACUGGACUUUGCGGUGACUGCGAUAUGAAAAUCGAAGCCCGCUGCUACUGCGGAAAGCUGCAAAAGCAAAUACCUUGCUUCGAACGAGACGACCCAGAACAAUCAUAUAGCCAAAUCGACGGUGAAUGGUUUGAAGGACUCUUCAAUUGCCAGACCAAAUGUAACCGUCCCUUUGACUGCGGUAUUCACAAAUGCUCCAACGACUGCCACCCGCAGGAUGAAGACUGUGGCCAUUGCCCAUACUCACCAGACGUUGUGACACAUUGUCCUUGCGGCAAGACACUCUUGGAAGAGCUCCCUGGAUUUCCUCGAUCUACCUGCGAAGACAAGGUCUCCCACUGUGACAAGGUUUGCGGAAAGGAGCUCAAGUGUGGGCACGCCUGUCAGGCCGUUUGCCACGAUGGUGACUGCGGUAGCUGUCUUCAGAAGGUUGAUAUCCCUUGCAGAUGUGGCCGAGUCGUUUCAAAGUCAGCAUGCCACCAGGGGACUAUUGAUCCGCCAAUGUGUAUGCGUAUCUGCCAGGCCAAUCUUAACUGUGGCCGACAUAAGUGCGGCGACCACUGCUGCUCGGGCGAAAAGAAGGCUCUGGAGCGUCAAGCGGCCAGGAAGAAGCAUCGCGUAACGUUCAAUGAUAGCAUUGUCGAACCGGAACAUAUUUGCAUCCGAACAUGCAACAGGCCGCUAAAGUGCGGCAACCACGACUGCCAACAGAUGUGCCAUCGCGGCCCUUGUGGAAACUGUCCCGAAGCCAUAUUUACAGAGAUUAGCUGUGACUGUGGGCGAACUGUUUUACAGCCUCCCCAACCAUGUGGAACACAAGCACCCGAGUGCCGUUUUAAUUGCAGAAGACGACCUCAGUGCGGACACCCUGCAGUCGACCACAAUUGCCACCCUGGUGAUAUCUCUUGCCCCAAGUGUCCAUUCUUGGUAGACAAGAUUUGUGCCUGUGGAAAGGAAAAGCUUCACAGCCAGCCAUGCCACCUCCAAGAAGCCCGAUGCGGCAAACCUUGCGGAAAGAAGCUAAAGUGCGGCCUUCACACCUGCAAGAAACUGUGCCACAAGGACGGAGAAUGCGAAGAUGCCGACCAAACUACAAACCGCUGCCAACAAGCGUGCGGUAAGGUGAAGCUGUUUUGUGAGCACAAGUGCUCGGCAAGCUGUCAUGGACAGUCACCCUGCAACGAAACCGCUGCCUGCACAGCAAAAGCCACGAUAUCAUGCCCCUGCGGAAUCCGAACACAGGAAGUGCGAUGCCUCGCAAGCAGUUCUAACCCUGAGCCAACUCGCCUGGAGAUCAAGUGCGACGACGAAUGUCUUCGCCUUGAACGAAACAGGCGCCUUGCCGCAGCUCUCAAUAUCGAUCCAGCCAGCCAUGCGAACGACCACGUCCCCUACGCUGAUGUCACUCUUCGCCUUUACCAGGACACUACCUCGUGGUGCGAAGUCCAAGAGCGAGAAUUCCGCGUCUUUGCCAAUGCUGCUAAUGAGAUAAGACUACGCUUCAAGCCCAUGAACAAGACUCAACGUCAGUUCUUGCACGUCCUUGCCGAAGACUACGGUCUUGAAGGUCGUAGCGAAGACGCAGAACCGUACCGCUACGUCGUUGUCUUCAAGGGCCCCAGAUUUGUUUCUGCGCCCAGCAAGACUCUCGGCCAGUGUGUAAAGAUCCGUGCUACUCAGGCAGCUGAAGCAGCAGCUUCUGCCGCUGCUUCUAGAGGACCCAGCCCUCCUCCCAUGCCAGCCCUGGACCCGUUCAAUGGUAUCUUGCUAACGGCGCCGAAAUUCGGCCUCACCAUGGACGAAGUGACAACUGCCAUGAUCUCAAGCUUCUCCCAGCAGCCCUCUCUCAAUUUCCACAUUGAGUUCCUUGGCACGGACGAAGUCCUCAUGCGCGCUACGGUGCAGUACUCCUCGUUCCUGUCUCCCGCUGGCGUUGGUAAAGCUCUGGCCGAUAUGAAGUCCCACGUUGUCACUGCAGUCCGCCGUCUAGAGCUUGCUGGCAAUGUUCUUCUAUGCCACGCCGAUUCCGACAACCAUAUCACUCGCCGCGAGGAUAUAAGAAACUCGGAUACGUCUGGCUGGAGCGCAGUCGCCGGCCGCGCUGCCAACAAGGAACCUGCACUACCUGAAGAGCCUACUGCACGAGGAUCCGGCCGAAAGCUCCUUGGUCUGAAGAAGAAGAAGAUAGAGCCCUCGAAAUCAAGCUGGUCUACGCUGGGAGGUGAUGUUGAAUGCUAAGCAAGCUUGGUUUUUAUUUCACAUGGAUGUGUAUACUCGCAUCACACUUAUAUAAAAGUUCACAGUUUCAAACAAAAUAACGGUAUAUUUAAAACUCGAAUUAAUAUAAAAAAACUCAGAAAGCAAUUCCAUCUGUCUCUCUGACCUUGGUGUUGUUCUCUGUGCCUUGAUCAAGCAUCACUAUCAGAUCGGCUCACAAACCGCUACGAUUACAUCCAUCACACCGCCUGUAGUCCAACUAAACAUACGAGCCCACACACACCUGUUAGUCUACUACACCCUUUGCAAAAUCUCUUCCUAUCAUGGUACCGCGGAAAAUAGUGCGGCACAGAUCACGCGACUAAUCGAAUGGCGGAGUGGAAGCGAUCCUAUGCACGUCACAUGGCUCCCUGCGCUCUCUCUGCGCCACACGGCUGCCAUGCAUGUCUCAGCGAUGAGAGGCAUUGUGGAUGGCGCGAUAGAGGCAUUUAAACAGCCUUUUUACAGUCACUUUCUCGGAACCAUGAACGCCAGUUGGUUGGAAAUGAACUAGCCACCCUCUUCGGGAGCCCUUUGUUUCUUGAUUAUGGUGUGCACACGGGACAAGCUCGCGGGAAGCGGCAUAUGUGGCGCCGCCCGCAAGCUGAGGUGCUUUGCUAUUGCUAAGUAUGAGAAGAGCAUGCGCCAACCGUUGGAUAAGAAUCGUAAAGUAACGCCUCGUGAAAAAAAGGGAUGAACAACAAUACUUGCUAAAGAAGAAAAUGCAAGUUUGCGAAAACCAAACGGCAAAGUGGGUAUCAAAUCACAAGGGCGUGGACGCUUUCUCAGCGCCGCCCUUUCCCUCCUCCUCGUCCAAGCCUCGUUGCUGGGUCUCAUGAUGAUGCAAAAAUAAUAAAAUGUUUACGAGCGUUCUUUCGACUUCUCCAACUCGGUGACAUCAUUCACAAAGUCGGCCACCGCCUCAAAGUAGCCAGGCUCAACAACGCUGGAGUUGUGAUCGCCACCUGGGAAGGGUUUCCAGACUUUGUGCGAGGAUGUAGAAAUCUCGUAGAGUUGACGCAUAUGUGCAGGCCUACACGUUUAGGAAUUAGUAAUGUUUCCGAGUGCAUGAUUUGUGAUUGGUAUUGAAGAUGCGGGUUAUCGCGUUGUUCAGAUAUGGUAUUCAUUGUCAAAUCAGAGCCGCAAAGGGUUCAUAUUUUGUGGGUGAAUAUGAUCAUCAUAAAAAGCGAACGGGAGGGGUGUGUGUGCAGAGACAAUGCAUCAAAGGGUUUCAAAAAGAGGGAUAACAAAAGACCAUAUACUCACGGGACAAUCUCGUCUUGGAGACCACUCAGAAAGAGAAUGGGGACAUUCGUAAUGGUGGGGAGAAGACUCUCACUGGGCCAGACUUGGUGGCAGAGCAGAGUAAGAAACUUGGCGGGGGGGAUCACGGAGGGAAUAAGCUUGCGCAUGGACAAGAAGGUGUUCUCAAGAACAAGACCGGCAAUGUCGCCACGGUUGUGCUUUGCGACGAGGCGGAUGCUGACAGCGCCACCCAAGCUUUGGCCGAACACAAUAAACUUGUGCUUGCUUGUUUCUGCCCGAUCGCGCAGGUAUCGCAGCGCAGUCUCGGCAUCUACGUUAAUGCCGUCUUCGUCCGGCUCGCCCGUAGACAUACCGUAGCCUCUGUACUCCAACAUGAAGACAUUACAGCCAAUCAUGUUGAUGAUCAUCCGGGCAAUGGGAAGGCGGUGGCCAAUGUUACCAGCAUUACCGUGGAACAUGAGCAUGGUGACAUUGCUAUUAGGGUGCCCCUUCGGACCACGAAUGUAAUAUGCAGAGAGCUUCUCACCGUCAUCAGUUGGGAUGACAAGCUCUUCGAAAUCCCUGAUACCAAAUUGUGUUGGGCGUGGCACCUCCGUUCUUGAGUUGGGAGGCAUGUGCGAAGGGUAAAUUAGAGAUCUGCUGACAUGUUAGAAAGCUUCUGAUGGACAUGUCAUGAGGGGCAUGGGGGCGUACUUUUGCUUGAAGUAGAGCAGAGAGGUAAGGACUGCUGCAAUGCCCUGAUGGCCAGAGGUCGGGUUAGCACUGUAAUCGGGCGGGAGUAGCUGUCAUGCUUGAAUUUGGAGGGGCAUCAUACAGUAGAGGCGAUAGCUGGCAGUCGCAUAUACGACGCGAUAGAGCUCAGAGCCGAGACGGUCUGGUCCAGAUAGCCGCUGAGGGUGGACGGCGGGGAGUUUGAGCUUGACAUGGCUUGUCUUUCCGGCAUUGGCGCUCUGUCUGACUAUGGCGGGAAGCUAUUAUUGGAUGGGAAGGGUAUUCGAGAUGCCGGAGCAAACAAUGUGAAGCAAGCAGAAGCUGUGUUUGUCCUGGGGUUGCAACGACGUGAUGAUGCGUCCAACAGGUUCAACGAGGCAGCGGCAGACGGUGAAUGCUGUGACGAUGACGAAUUGGCCAAUCAGGGCGACCGCGUAAUUCAGGCCGACUAGAAAAAGGAACUAAAGAAAAAUAGAACAACGGUGUAGUGAUAACGAUGGAAUACGUCAAGCC